CUCGGCAUUAUGGCGACGCUCGCGGCCUGGAGGGCAGCAGGCAGCAGGGUAGAUAUAAGAGCAGACUGGAGCCGUUAGCCGCCAGUGCCGCGCUGGGUGUCUGCCGGUCCGCAUCCCUCUGUACCACUCGCUCCAGUCGCUACUGGACUCGCGUUCAACACUUUGCCUCGCACUUCCCUGCAAACUUUUGAAUGAACAUAUAGACAUUAUCGUCUUCUCUAUUACAUCAGUGCGGAAGAAAGACUAAUCAUUAAGUCUGAAGUGAAUUCUGGGACGAGAACACGCGAACAACAACGCCUCCGCUGAUCACUGUCUGCCCGGCGUUGAAAUCUUCCUUGUUGCGUCCAGCGGCAGGAUGAGACUGGCGAUGAUGACUCCAGUGGCGGUCGUGUUGGUGGCGGCGAUGGCGGCGGUGGCAGCCAUUCCUGCGCCUCUCCUGGACUCCAACGUGGCCCUGCAGGUACUGCAGCGGCUUGGUCUGCACCGCGGCGGCUCCAUCCCCACCGUGACCAAGGCGGAGAAGCUACGCGAGGGCGACUCCCCCAUCUACUACAUCAAGAUGCCGCCGCUGCCUUACUACUACGUCAACCACAACACCCCUCACGCAGCACCACGCGCACCACCCCCGACCCGGGAUUCCCCUUCAAGAAAGUUGACAUCAACUUCAUGAACAACGGCAAGCCAACGCAGGUGUACCACUGGCCGCAACAAUCCACAGCGCCCGCCUUCUGGCUGCCCCCUACCACCACUACGACCACCACCACCCCACGACCCACCACCACCACCACCACGCGCAGACCCACCAAGAAGCCCUGGGUGGCCCUCAACAAGUACUUCCCCUACAACGGGCGGCCCUCCAGCGUGUACGUCUACAAGCCACAGCGCCAGAUUAACAUGGACAGAUACAGGCAGCACUUCUUCAAGCAUUUCAACUAUUAGGUGCACUCAGCGGGAACCUCGUCAGUAGUGAAGUGCAGGAAAGCAAGGACAGUCUUUAUGUACAGACAAUGUAGACACAAGCCAAUAAGGAGCGCCAUGUGGGAAGAGAGUGACGGAGAAUUAAAACUCUCAUCUCUAAGGACUCCCGCUGGUUGAAGGGAGCCCGACAAGAAGCGAGGAACUGAGAAGGGCGAUGAAUGCAGAGGAAUUUCGUAGAAAUUUAAAUACUACCUACAUCCCUGAUUACCCCGAAUGUCAGUGACCACAUAUACACACACACUCACACGUGCCACGGGUCUCGCUGUCACCUGACAUAAUCUUCCUACUGUGGCACACUGCAGGCCGCGUAUCAAAUUAUAGCAGUUUGCUGAUCAAUGAGUCCUUAGAGGAGGAGGAGGAGGAGGAG